UAUCUUCCCCUCAUCUUGCAGCAGCACAGGCAGUCAGUGCCUGGUAGCGAUUUAGACGAGGGCGUAUGGACUUGAGGCAGCAGUGAAUGCAUUUCCCACAGACUGUGGUCGUACUUUUCUCCUCUCGUACGGAUUACCACUGAGUUCACAUAUCGCCUAAACGCCGUAUCGCAUUUUCCCCCGCUGCAUUUCUCCAUCUGAAGGCCUGUCACAGAGUAAAGUGUCUCGGUUGUGCGUGUGUUUAGACAGCGGAGCGAGAGCAGCAGUGUGUCCCCGAUGGCUGGCUGGAAAGACGGCUCAGUGCAGGAGAAAUAUCGCCUGGUGGUCGUCGGAGGUGGAGGCGUCGGGAAAUCAGCAUUAACCAUCCAGUUUAUCCAGUCAUACUUCGUCACUGACUAUGACCCUACGAUUGAAGACUCCUACACAAAGCAGUGUGUGAUUGACGAGAGGCCUGCGCGGCUGGACAUCCUGGAUACAGCAGGACAGGAAGAGUUUGGAGCCAUGAGAGAACAAUACAUGAGGACAGGGGAGGGCUUCCUUCUCGUCUUCUCUGUCACUGACCGGGGAAGCUUUGAAGAGAUCUACAAGUUCCAACGACAGAUCUUGAGAGUGAAGGACCGGGAUGAAUUUCCCAUGAUUCUAGUGGGUAACAAAGCUGAUCUUGAGCAACAGAGACAAGUGACCCAGGAGGAGGGUCAGCAGCUCGCCCGGCAACUCAAAGUCACUUACAUGGAGGCCUCAGCUAAGAUCCGUAUGAAUGUUGACCAGGCUUUCCACGAGCUGGUCCGAGUCAUAAGGAAGUUCCAAGAGCAAGAGUGUCCACCCUCGCCGGAGCCCACGCGCAAAGAGAAGGAUAAGAGCGGCUGCCAUUGUGUCAUUGUCUAAUUGGCCUUUCACUGCCGCCACUCACCCAGCUGCUGUCACCGGUCCCUGCCCCCCACCCUGCCUUCUGACAUCACGUCCUGUGCGGAUGAAUUCGCUGCCUUUCUACAUGUGCAUGUCUUCAAAACAGCAGUCUCUCUCAUAGCCUUAUCAGGGGCAUUUGUGCCUCUAGGACUUCACUACUAGAAGAACCAAACUGACAAAAUCUUGAUGGAACUCGCCAUUCUACCUUCAACUAGAGUACUGACAUCAGUGUGACCUAGAAUAUGGUAAUCGUGCCCCAACACUAAACAUCGCUUCUUACAAGUUUGCUGUAAAACACACACACAAUUCCUUUUUUUUUUGUAUUUUGAAGGGGUUUUUUUUCUCUUGACUUGUGACAUUAGUACGUUUGCUGAGAUGGAAAGACUAAAUGAAACACCAUUGAGAUUGCAGACACCUCUUAGUCACGAGAUCUAGAUUGAGAUGAUGUUCUGAAGCUUUGUGUGUGUGUGUGUGUGUGUGUGUGUGUGUGUGUCGUGCCAUAUCUGUUUUUACUUCCAUAUGCUAAUCAGCGAUUGUACAUAAGUGAAGAUUCGUGUGAGUUGAGACCACCUUUAUAAUGACAAAACUCAGUCGCAGAGUAUUGUGUGUGGGGUUGACGAGCUUGUUUUGACAUGCAUUAAAACAAUAAUGUACUCGCAGAUAUGUACAUAGAUAGCCUCUAACAUUAUGCCAAUUUUAUCAGCAGUGAAGUCAGUUUGCCAACUUAUUGUUUGGUCAAGGUGUCAUUUUUUGUUCGCAUCGUAAGGCUUCUUGGCAUGUAUGGGUUUGAUUGUUCUUUUUUCUUUUUUUUCAAAGGGAUAGUUCACCUAAAAAUGAAAAAUCAUUCACUUUGCCUCAUUUGUUCCAAACCUGUUCCAAACCGAAACCUUUCAUCUGCGGAACACAAUUUUUUUUUUUUGUCCAUACAAUAAACAAGGAUGUGAUUUUCAAUUUGUUUUAAUAUUUAUACUGAUUUUCAUAUUUUCUGACCUUCUUUCAGACCCACUUGAAUUAUGUGUAUGCAAGGAAAAAAUUGCUGCGUUUGUCAACAAAAGAAAAGUUUUACGGUCUCCCUCUGGUUUUCCGCCAAAAUUACUAUUGUUUUAUAUUUAAAAAUCUAAGAAAUUAAGGCCAUAAUCCAUAAAUAUUGUUAAUUUCACUGUUUUUCUUAUUUUACUGUACAACAGUAUUAUAUUUCUGUUAAUGUUUAUAAUUUAAAUAGUAGAGUAAAAAUACUAUUUUCAAUUAUUAUUACUAUUAUACAGUCAUAUUGAAUAGGGGGAAAUUAUUUAUACUUCUUUUUCCUUCUUUUUUUGUCUUUGAUCACAUGCCAGAAUGAAAGUUGUUGGUGUUGCUGUUGUUAAGGCCCCAUGGCUGUUAAUUUUUUCUGCAAAACAUAUUUCAAAAUAUCUCCUUCUGUGUUUCACAGAAGAAAGUAUGUCAUGCAGGUUUGGGGGGGGGGGGGGGGUGAGAGAAUGUUCAUCUUUGGUUGAACUUUCCCUUUCCGUUCUGUGAUUGUGAAAUGUAUUCUACAUGUAGAUGGUUUGUUCAAGCCUUCUUGACUCUCAGCUCAGAUUUCUACAGACUAUCCUCAGACUCAGGUUUCUCCAUUUACAGUCUUUUCACAAUGUUCUGACGAUGUCUGCUCAUUCAGUAGUGCACAAUAGGCUGUCUGUUCUCUAGUCGGUACCCCACCGAAAUCGGUGACACAGAGAAUUAGUCUUUCAGAUAAUUGUCUCUUUUUCUGGCCUUGUAUUUCAAUUCACUUUUACACUGAUUUAGUUUUUCUCUGUUUGGAAACGUAUUUAAGUGACUGAAACAGCGUGAGGACUCUGUUGAACUGCUGACAUCACAGGCAUCUUUUCAGCAUCUUUUCAUGUAUGUGAUCAGAUCAAAUCAAGUUGUUUUUUUUAGACACCAGACAUCCACAUUCCAUUUAAUAUGGUUUGACGUCUCGGUGACAUUCACACUUCAAUCUGGGAUUUCUCAUCUGACAGGUGAUCAUUUGCUUCCUGGCUUCAUACACCAAGGGUUCCUAUCAUGUCACGUUUUAUUUCCAUCUUCUAUGAAUAUUAUUUUCCAGCGUGCAUUUCUGUACGAGGGAUACAAAUAGUUUUUGUGUCUUAUCAUCAUGUAAUAUAAGAAAAAAGAUGGAAGUGAUCUUUGAAUGGACAUGAUUAAAUGUUUUUACUAUAUACUUUUAUACAUUAUUUUCUUAUCAGACUAGUUAAUGAGUAUUUUUAUAUGUUUGUAAGUGAAAAAAGCUCUCGCGGCACAUCUGUGUGUAUAUGUAAAGAGGAUUAUUUAAUUAUCUUGGUUUGUUUUUAACUAAAAAAAAGGGCCAAUGUGUGUUGAACUGUGGUCCUUUCGGUGGACUGAAGGCGAUAACCCAUCCUAACAGUUGUCCACCUCAUAGUCUAUAACAACUUUAUCAGUGAUCACUGGGCCAAUGCUUCGAGCAAUGCCCUUUUGUGAUGACUCAGGUUCAUAUCCUAACCUAAACCUUGUCCGUUACACCAGUUAAUAGCAACAUGGAUCAAAUCCAAAGCUAGUAAGAACAGAAGUGCAUGGCUCUUCUUCUUCCCAGAGUCUGUGUACAUCUAAUACAUACUGUGUUUUAUUUGUCACAUCUUUCCCUCCCCCUGUAUAGCCUCUGGUGCUAUAAUAAAAUCUAUGCUUUAUCUGUGA